AUGCGCCCUCGACAUACCAAUAAGUGGCAAGCCAGCCAUGUUCUGGGUGACUCUGGCAGUGGUAUCGCAGAUUUGUACGAUGUAGUUGACGCUAUUGGCUCGAUGACCAUCAACGAUGUUGAUGAACUUGAAGCUAACCUCAUCAUGGACCUCGCAAGGGCCCGACGGGAUAUAUUCAAUGCAGAGAAAACACUUGCCGAUUGCGUCGUCCGAGAAUACGAGGUCAUGAUGAAUCUUUCGAAAUACAAGUCCGCCAUUUCUAAGUGGAAGCUUGACAAGGCGGAUGUAGGACUAGGUCAUAUGCACGUCACAUUCAAGAAACAUGGUCUUUCUCACCACCCAGCGCCACACAAUCUUCACGACUCAUUCGCAUCCUGCCAUCAGGUCACCAUCCAGUUGGACUAA